UGUGCCUUUAAUUGAGAAGGCAGCGAAGCCAAAGACCUUUAUUUAUCAAACAAAUAAAUGUCACAAUCAUCAACACCGAUUCUUCAACUCGGUCUUCUCCUUUCUGCCGACAUCUAGCCUUUGUCUCAAGAUUCGAAGAAAAUCUAUCAGCUUUGUCCGAAAGGGAAGGAAAGUUUGCGACUUUGAUUGGUUCCGAUGAAGCUUCGACAAACCCUGAAUUGAUUUGGUCUCUUUCCUAUUGAGAUUUGAAGGGUUAAAAGAAGAAGAAGAAGAAGGCAAGAACACAAAUGGGUUGUGCUGGAUCGACACAGUCGCAAGGAGAAGGGUCAGUGAAGAAAAUUAGGAAGCCAAAACCGUGGAAACAUACUCAGCCGAUCACUAAAGCUGAGCUUAUGAAACUGAGGGAAGAGUUUUGGGACACUUCUCCUCACUAUGGCGGUAGGAAAGAGAUAUGGGACGCACUUCGGGCUGCUGCUGAAGCUGACAUAUCUCUUGCGCAAGCAAUCGUGGACAGCGCUGGAGUCAUUGUUCAGAACAAUGAUCUCACUGUCUGCUAUGACGAGAGAGGUGCUAAGUAUGAGCUACCUAAGUAUGUUCUAAGCGAGCCUACCAACAUGGUGGAAGACAACUGAUUUUUAAGAGAUCAAGAACAUUUCGAGAAGACAAGAAAAAUGUAAAUCUUGUGUUGUGUAAGUAGUUUACAUUAGGAGACUCUGCUUUUGUCUAUUUAACACUUUGAAAAAUGAUUCCCACUUUUUCUAUCACACUGACUUGUUGUACCAAAGAAUUGUAACUCAAAUGCUAAAGACAAGUCUUUGGGGUUUCAUAUUGAUCUGUUAUUUUACACAA